GCGCAUGCGCACUGCCGUGCUGUCCGCGCUCGCGCUGUCAAUAAAGUUAGCGCGCGCCGGAAGCGGAAGUGGUGGAUCUCCAUGGCGGCGGCGGCGGCGGCGGCGGCGGCGGGGCCGGUGUUCUGGAGGCGGCUGCUGGGCCUCCUGCCCGGCCGGCCUGGACUGGUCGCGCUCCUGGGGCGCCUGUCCGAUCGCCUGGGCAGGAACCGGGACCGCCGGCGCAGGAGGUCACCAUGGCUGUUACUAGCUCCCUUGCUGUCCCCAGCUGUACCCCAGGUCACUUCCCCACCCUGCUGCCUGUGUCCGGAGGGUGUGCACAGGUUCCAAUGGAUCAGAAACCUGGUUCCAGAGUUUGGUGUCUCCAGCUCUCACGUGAGGGUGCUGUCCUCCCCAGCAGAGUUCUUCGAGCUCAUGAAGGGGCAGAUAAAAGUAGCCAAGAGGCGGGUUGUGAUGGCAUCCCUCUACCUGGGAACAGGUCCUUUGGAGCAGGAACUGGUGGAUUGCCUGGAAAGUACUCUAGAAAAGUCCCUGCAAGCAAAGUUUCCUUCUGACCUCAAGGUCUCCAUUCUCCUGGACUUUACCCGGGGCUCACGAGGUAGGAAGAACUCUCGGACCAUGCUGCUCCCUCUCCUGCAGAGGUUCCCAGAGCACGUGCGUGUCUCCCUCUUUCACACACCCAACCUUCGAGGGCUCCUUCGGCUCCUUAUUCCCGAGCGCUUCAAUGAAACUAUUGGCCUCCAGCACAUCAAGGUGUAUCUCUUUGACAACAAUGUCAUCUUGAGCGGUGCGAACCUGAGUGACUCCUACUUCACCAACCGCCAGGACCGCUACGUGUUCUUGCAGGACUGUGCAGAGAUUGCUGACUUCUUUACAGAGCUGGUGGAUGCAGUGGGGGAUGUGUCCUUGCAGCUGCAGGGGGAUGACACGGUGCAGGUGGUGGAUGGGAUGGUGCAUCCUUACAAAGGUGAUCGGGUUGCAUACUGCAAGGCAGCCAAUAAACGGGUCAUGGAUGUGAUCCACUCAGCCAGGACCCGCCAGCAGAUGCUGCAUGCCCAGACCUUCCAUGGUGACUCCCUGUUGACCCAGGAAGAGGCAGCAGCCGCUGGUGACCGGAGACCAGCACCUGACACCUGGAUUUACCCGCUGAUCCAAAUGAAGCCCUUUGAGAUUCAGAUUGACGAGAUUGUCACCGAGACCCUGCUGACCGAGGCUGAGCGAGGCACUAAGGUCUUCCUCACCACUGGCUACUUCAAUCUGACCCAGGCCUACAUGGACCUGGUCUUGGGCACACGGGCUGAGUACCAGAUCCUUCUGGCCUCUCCAGAGGUGAAUGGCUUCUUUGGGGCCAAGGGCGUGGCUGGUGCCAUCCCUGCAGCCUAUGUGCACAUUGAGCGGCAAUUCUACAGCGAGGUGUGCAGCCUGGGGCAGCAGGAGCGGGUCCAGCUCCAGGAGUACUGGCGCAGGGGCUGGACGUUUCAUGCCAAAGGCCUCUGGCUGUACCUGGCAGGGAGCAGCCUGCCCUGUCUCACGCUGAUUGGCUCUCCUAAUUUUGGGUACAGGUCAGUUCACCGGGACCUGGAGGCCCAGAUUGCCAUCGUGACGGAGAGCCGAGCUCUGCAGCAGCAGCUCCAUCAG